AUGCCGUACCUGCAAGCUGUGAUCAAGGAAGGGCUUCGGAUCUUCCCGCCUGUCGUGGGCCAGAUGUCCAAGGAAGUCCCCAAAGGCGGAGACACGUUCAAGGGGGUCCACUUGCCGGAGGGAACCCGGAUCGGAUACGGCGCAUGGGCCAUCUUCCAUCGUACCGAUCUGUGGGGGCCAGAUGCGCACGAGUUCCGGCCGGAGCGGUGGCUGGAAACGGGGACAGAAGACUUGAAGCGGAUGGAAGGCAUGCUGGAACUCGUCUUUGGGCACGGAAAAUGGAAGUGUCUGGGACGAAAUGUGGCCAUGAUGGAGCUGCAAAAAGUUUUUGUCGAGCUUAUGAGGAGAUAUGAGCUCGUUGUCGUUGAUCCAACGAAGCCAUGGAAAUCCCUCAACUACGGCAUCUUCCUGCAGUCUUCUUUUUGGGUUCGGGGAUACAAGCUGGACGCACGGGGCCGCUCGUCACGGUGA